AUGAACUCUCAACUCUUACCGAACAUCACUUUGGGUUUCCACAUUGUUAACAACUACUUUAUUGAAAGGAUAACCUAUAAGGCAACACUGAGAUUACAUUCUACACAGCAGAAAUUUGUUCCCAACUUUACCUGUGAUUUAACAAAAACAUUUAUUGCUGCCAUUGGAGGACGUUUGACAGGGACCUCAUCCAUUAUGGCCAAUAUUCUUGCCAACUAUAAAAUUACACAGCUUGCCUAUGGAUCAUUUACACCAAUCCAUGAUGACAUAUUUUCAUUCUUAUACCAGAUGGUCCCAAAUGAAAUCCAUCAGUACACUGGUAUUAUUCAAUUACUUCAGCAUUUUGGAUGGAAUUGGAUUGGGAUCAUGGCUGUGGAUGAUGACUAUGGAGACAUGUUUUUACAGAAAAUUGGACCAUUGCUUUCCCAAAACAAUAUUUGUUAUGCUUUCAUACUUAGAACACCAAAGAAGGCAUAUCUGGAUGAAUAUGCAAACUUGAUUUCAAUGGGGUUAAGAUAUGAUCAACUUUUUAUGGACGACAAAGUCAAAGUGUGUUUAAUCUAUGCAGCACCACCAUCCAUAAUAAAUCUGAGAAUGAUCAUCUUUAUAGCAUCUUUGACUUCAUGGCCACCUUUGGGUAAAGUGUGGAUUGUUACAUCCCAUUGGAAUUAUAACUCACUACCAUUUCAGAGACUUUGGGAUAUGCAGAGUUUCCAUGGUGCUCUGUCAUUUGCAGUUCGUUCAAAAGAGCCCCCUGGAUUCCAAGAAUUCCUUCACACUAUAAGGCCAUCCUGGGCAAAAGAAGACAAUUUCAUUCAGAAUUUUUGGGAGCAGGCAUUUGAUUGCCCAUUAUUCAUUUCCAGUGUAAAUGAAGAUAACAAAUUACGGUGCACUGGGGAUGAAAAGUUAGAGAAUUUACCAAAUAUAUUAUUUGAAAUGAACAUGAGUGGUAACAGUUACAACAUUUACAAUGCAGUCUAUAUCGUGGCUCAUUCUUUGCAUGUUUUACUCAAGUCCAGAUCCAGAUAUAGACAUUUAAUGGAAGGAGAGCAAUUAAUUCAUAAUAUAAAACCGUGGCAGUUUCACCUUGUCCUGAAAAACAUGGUAUUCAACAACAAUAUGGGAGACACUAUUAGUUUUGAUGAAAACAAAGAAUUGAUUACAGACUUUUAUGUUGUAAACUGGAUUAUUUUGCCCAAUAAUUCCUUUUCUCGAGUGAAGGUUGGAACAUUGGAACCUCGGGCUCCAUCAGGCAGAGAAUUAACUCUUAAUGACAAUCAAAUUGUAUGGCACACAAGCUUUAAUCAGGUGCUACCUGUCUCUCUGUGUAAUGACCACUGUGAUCUAGGCUCAAGCAAAAACAAGAAGGAAGGAGAGAAAUUUUGCUGCUAUGAUUGUGCACCUUGUCCAGAAAGGAAGAUCUCUGACAAAAUAGGUAGGACAAAAAGAGAUAUGGAUAUCUGCAUGAACUGUCCAGAAAAUCAGUAUCCCAACAAUAUCAAAAAUCAAUGUAUUCCCAAAGUGAUGACCUAUCUCUCUUAUAGUGAACCUUUGGGAAUCUUAUUUAUAACAUUAGCUGUUGUUUUCUCUUUGAUUACAAUCCUUGUGGUUGGAAUCUUUUGGAGGCAUCGGGAAACUCCGAUUGUCAAAGCCAAUAAUUGGAGCCUCACCUGUAUCCUCCUCGUUUCCCUUUUUCUCUGCUUCCUCUGCUCCUUCCUCUUCAUGGGAAGACCUAGAAAGAUGACCUGUCUUCUACGGCAAACAACUUUUGGCAUUAUCUUCUCAGUGGCCCUUUCAUCUGUAUUGGCAAAAACCAUGACUGUGAUUCUGGCAUUUAUGGCAACCAAACCAGGCUCUGGACUGAGGAAAUGGGUAGGGAAAGGACUGGCCAAUUCUAUUGUCCUUUUGGGUUCUUUCAUCCAAGUAGGAAUUUGCAUUGUUUGGCUGAGUACUUCUCCUCCUUUCCCUGAUAUAGACCUGCACUCACUGAAGGGAGAAAUCAUAAUGGAAUGCAAUGAAGGCUCAGUGAUCAUGUUUUACUGUGUCCUGGUUUACAUGGGCUUCCUGGCUAUUGUCAGCUUUAACAUUGCUUUCCAUGCCAGGAAGCUUCCCAGCAGUUUCAAUGAGGCCAAGUUCAUCACAUUCAGCAUGUUGGUCUUUUGCAGUGUUUGGCUGACGUUUGUUCCAACCUACCUGAGCACCAAAGGGAAAUACAUGGUGGCUGUGGAGAUCUUCUCUAUCUUAACCUCCAGUGCUGGUUUACUGGGGUGUAUCUUUUGCCCCAAAUGCUACAUCAUUUUAAUGAGGCCUGAGAUGAAUAAUAAGGAACAUUUAAUAAGGAAAGCAAAAUAA